UGGCUACAUAUAUAUAUAUACACAUACAGUCCGCACAUGAGACAACGAUAAUCUUGAAGUCACCGCCAUCGCUACAAACUAUAAAUUGACUCUUCUCGACAACGAAGUUCCCUCCCACUCUAAGCAUUUCAUCAUCCUUCGUCAAUGGCAGAGGAAAACAAUUCUAAGUUAACCGUCGCUCUAAUCGGCUUUGCUUCCGCCGCCUUAGUGUUCUCUCUCUACCACUUAAUCUCCGAAAGUUCGUGCUUUACCCGCCCCAGCGGCCCAAGCCGACGAGAACCGCGACCAUCUAUGGCCCAAAACAUGGAGGCUCCAAACAGUACUGAGAGCUCGAUGGCGGAGCUCAUCCCGGCCCAUAAGUAUUAUAAGGGAGUGGGCCUAGUGGCCCAUGAUGGCAUGUGUGCCGUUUGCUUGUCUGAAUUUGAAGAUGGCGAGGACCUAAGGACUUUGCCCGAGUGUUUGCAUUCGUAUCAUGUGGAAUGUAUUGAUAUGUGGCUGUCUUCGCACUCCAGUUGCCCAAUGUGCCGCACUGAUGCGGUGCCUUCCCCGCUGUCGCACGAGCCAAGGUUCGGUUACACAGACCUGGUGGCGAUGAACCAGAAUUUGGUUAUUUUGCAAAGUGGUGUUGUGCAAUCUGUAUCUAGAACACCAAGGUUGUAAAAAGCCAAUGCAUGUUGUAGAUUGUUCUUGCUCAGCUUUGGGCCUACGACACUUUCUUAUUAUGCCCGGCCCAAUCUACGUUGUGUGUAUAAAACUACAAAUGAA